AUGAAAUUAAGUAUUUUGCAAGCAUCCUCUUCUGGAUUCUUCAUUAGGUUUGCAUACUUGAUUUACAUUGGUCGCGAGACGUCAAAGCUCUGGAAAAGAAUUAGUGCAAAAACUACAACUGAAACCAACCUUCUAGCGGAGAACUGGAAGUAUGUUAUGGGCUUAAUUUCCAAGGUAUUUAUCGGAUUGCGAAGGCGGGAAUGUACACAUACAUCAGCAGAUUCAUGAUUUGAAAUUUCGCAUUGUCUUCUUAUUAAAUCUGAUUUCUGAAUAAUGGUUUAUGAACAAAUGGGUUGCCCUGAAUGUAAUUUUGUUAAAAUGGAUGUUUAAUUAUUUUUAAAACGAAAAAUUAGGCUAGGAUUUUGAGAUGUUACAAGGAAACCCUAAGGCCCCUUUUCGAAAAUAAGGGGGGUAGAGGCUAGGUUUUCAAGAAACCCUAGCCAAGUCGAAAUUUUAAGGGUUGGCCUAUUUUUUGAUCCAUUCAAAUUGUGCACAAUCAAUAGAAAACAAUGGUGGAUUUGAUACCAUUGAUGGGU